AUGGCGGCUAAGAGACUUGUCGUUGCAGGAGGAAGCGGUUUUCUCGGAUCCCGGAUUUGCAGAGCUGCUGCUGCACGGGGUUGGGAGGUAACAUCGCUAAGUCGAUCUGGCGAGCCGCGCUGGGACACCGUCACGAGUUCCACGGAGAGGCCAAGUUGGGCCAGCUCGGUGGAAUGGGCCAAAGCCGAUAUCCUCAAGCCAGAAACCUAUAAGCCCUUCCUGACCGGAGCGUCGGCUGUCGUCCAUACGAUGGGUAUCCUGCUAGAGGCCGAUUACAAGGGUGUCGUACAAGGGCGAGAACCUCUUGUCGGCGGGCUACAGCGCGCAUUCAGCUCGUCUAAACUAGGAAGCCAGAAUCCGCUACUAAGAAAGGAAGGCGAAGCUCUCGAGCCAAAGGAGAGGGAUGGGCAAUUGACUUAUGAAUUGAUGAACAGAGAUUCCGCUAUCGCGCUCGCUCAAGAGUCAUCAAAUGAGCAUGUCCCGACCUUUGUGUAUAUCUCCGCUGCGGCUGGGGCGCCGGUCCUUCCAGCUAGAUACAUCACCACCAAACGCGAAGCCGAGGCCACCAUUGCAUCUUCGCUUCCCGAGCUGCGGAGUAUCUUUAUUCGCCCAGGCUUUAUGUAUGAUUCAAGCAGAAAGUUCACAUUGCCAAUUGCCCUUGGUGGAUUUGUGGCCUCCGAGUUCAAUAAUUUCCUCGGAAACAAACUUGGAUUCCUCGGAGCCAUGGCCGAGAAGCCCCUGAAAGUUGAUGUGGUAGGUGAGGCAGUGAUCGAGGCGUUGGAAGAUGAGUCGACAAGAGGAGCUGUUGGAACGAAGCAGAUUGAGCAGCUGGCGACAAAGGCCUGGAGGAAGACGAUGCUUUAG